GCCAGACAGCGAGCGAACGAAAAGAAGGAGAAGCAGAAGGAGGAGGAGAAACAACAACAGCAGCAGCAGCAGCAGUAGCUGCUUCAGCCACUCGCUUUUUGCUGUUGUAAUAGUGCAGAAAAGACAGGAAAUUCACGCCUCGUCCUUCUUCGGUUCUCUUUGGAAUUUUGGACUUUGGAUCCACUGAUAGAAAAAUCACCCCAAAAAGAGAAAGCGAGCGAAUCAGUCGUCGAUGACAUGCGACGAAAAAGUUUGCUCUGAUGUGACCUGCUUCUCCCAUGGAGCCUCGCAGCAUCGUGGUUCACGCACGGACACGGCGCUCAGCGUUCAGAGCCCAAAGAGACAUCGAACUAGAGGAGCUUCUUCUCAUCUUGUGAGCAAGCAAACAUCUGCCAGGAAGCCCCCGGAGCCCAAAGUUGCAUCGGGACCGGCGGAAGUGUCCGUCCCCCGGCCUGUUCGAGCGUCCGUGGAGUCGCGUCUCAAGAUGGGAGUGCUCCUGCUGCGUCUGGCCACCGCCGCGCUGCUGCUGGUCCUCGGAGCAGAAGCGGCGGGUCAGAACCCGGACCACGUCCUCCAGGGCACUGGCGCCAAAGCGGAGACUGGGCGUCCUGGCGAGGACUCCACUGUGGCCCCCGAGGACGCAGCUCGUUUCCUCAGCUGCUACUGCUCGGGCUACUGUCCCGAAGACGCCACCAACAACACCUGUCGAACCAACGGUCAGUGCUUUGCCAUCAUCGAGGAGGACGAGCACGGCGAACACAUCCUCACGUCGGGGUGCAUGAAGUAUGAAGGUUCACACUUCCAGUGCAAGGACUCCCCCAACGCUCAGACCAGGAGGACCAUUGAGUGCUGCGCGAGCGACUUCUGCAACCGAGACCUGCAGCCCACGCUGCCCCCGCAGGAACCUUCAGAGGGCAGCCCUCACUGGUUGGCCUUCCUCAUCUCCAUGACGGUCUGCUGCUGCACACUCAUUUGUGUCACCGUGGUUUGCUACUACAGGUACAAGUGGCAGAGCGAGCGUAAGCGCUACCAUAAAGACGUGGAACAGGAAGGGUUCAUCCCCGUGGGGGAGUCUCUCAAAGACCUCAUCCACCAAUCGCAGAGCUCUGGAAGCGGCUCCGGGCUCCCCCUCUUGGUUCAUCGGACCAUCGCCAAGCAGAUCCAGAUGGUGCGCCAGAUCGGCAAAGGUCGCUACGGCAAGGUGUGGCUGGGCAGAUGGCGAGGCGAGAAAGUGGCCGUCAAAGUCUUCUUUACCCGAGAGGAGGCCAGCUGGUUCAGGGAGACCGAAAUCUACCAGACCGUCCUCGUGAGACACGACAACAUCCUCGGGUUCAUCGCAGCAGACAUUGAGGGCACGGGCGCCUUCACGCGACUCUUCCUCAUCAGCGACUACCACGAGAACGGCUCGCUUUACGAUUUCCUGAAGACGGCUACACUGGACACGGCCACGCUUCUGCGGCUGGCGUAUUCGGCCGCCUGCGGCCUGUGCCACCUGCACACGCAGAUCCACGGCACGCAGGUCAAACCCGCCAUCGCCCACCGGGACCUCAAGAGCAAGAACAUCCUCAUCAAGAAGAAUGGCACCUGCUGCAUCGCCGACCUCGGUCUCGCCGUCAAGUUCAACAGCGACACCAAUGAAGUGGACAUCCCCCCAAGUACACGUAUGGGCACGCGGCGCUACAUGGCACCUGAAGUCCUGGACGAGAGCCUGAAGAAGAAUCAUUUCCAGGCCUACCUCAUGGCUGACAUGUACAGCUACGGAUUGGUCGUGUGGGAGAUGGCGCGACGCUGCGUCACCGGAGGUAUGGUGGAGGAGUACCAACUACCGUAUUACGACAUGGUGCCGUCGGACCCGUCCUACGAAGACAUGUUGGAGGUGGUGUGCGUCAAGGGCCUGCGCCCCACCGUGUCUAACAGAUGGAACAGCGAUGAGUGUCUGCGCGCUAUGCUGAAGCUGAUGUGCGAGUGCUGGUCGGCAAGCCCCGCCUCCCGCCUCACCAUCUUGAGAGUGAAGAAGACACUGGACAAGAUGGUCAAGUCGCAGGACAUCAAAAUCUGAGGCAUAAAACGUAACCGACACAAUUUGGGGAAAAGGACAACACGAGCCCAAGUCAUGGAGCUCAUCCUUCUUCUCGUCUUCCUCCAGUGACGCUUUCUGUGAAAGCAACGCAAACCACUUCCUUUCUCUGUUCGCCAACGUCCUGUCCUGUUCAUACACUUGUCCUCUUCCCCUCCAAAAUCCUUGUUGAACUUUUUGAAUUUCCUCGUUGUGUUGAUCUUGGGAAAGUAUCUCGGCCGCAGGGAGACGAUGGAGUCAUCACCGUGGAGAUGUGGACCGUCCUGUUUUUGUUGUCGUUCAUUUGUUUGUAAACGGGAAGCGGAGCUGCUCGCCUCAUCUCAUUGGUGGAGACAAAUCUCAGUGGGCGGAGCUGAUAAGACUCAAACUGCAUUUUAACUCUAUUUAUAGCAAAUGCUACACUCACAUGACAAAGAAUUUUUUAGGCAACAUUAGCAAAUGUGGUCGCGCUGUUAUGAGAGCGAGCGUUAAUAUUAGAAAGAGAAAGAACUUAUGCUUUGAAAAUAUGCCCCGAGCUUGCGCUGCUUCACUUCAAACCUUCAUAAACUCAGAGCAUUGUUGAAAUGUGCCGUUUGCUCAUUCAGAAAGCCCCAAAAAGUGUUGCGUGAGCGAGCGCACGCUUGUUAAACCGAAUUUGUGCACAGAGUGUUAGGCAGUACCGAUGAGAACGGUUAAGCAGCACUAGUGGAAAACACAGUGCUCUGAUUAAUCCUGCCUUUGUGGAAUAAGAAUAAAAAUAGCUCAUCAAUCUCAGGGGCUGCCAUGUUGAGCGUUUUCGUAGUUAUCUGGGAGUGACGUCACAACUGCAGUCGCGUCCGUGCCUGCUAAAACGGCACCUUUGGGUUUGUCAAAAAACGCUCGGUAGGUACGCCAACACUGUCAGCAUGGUUUGUCCGGCUCACUCGCUAGCCCCACACCUUCGAAAGCUGGCCAAGUAUUAUAUCAUUUGAAAACAUAAUUAAUUUGUCAUUUCUUGCCAUGUUAAAUUAUUGUUUCUUGUAGUUCCGUUUUAAAUACUUUUACUUGAUUUUAAAAGAUGUGGAUAGUUAAACUGUCACAGAUUUGCCCCAAAAUGUUUGUUGAUCAUCCUGACAAGUUCAAUUGAUGGCCCAGCCCCAAAACAAACCAAAGUUUACCCAAAUGGUCAUCUAAAUUGUCCUAAUUUUGUACGAUUAGGAGCGAAAGGCUAACUUUUUUCGUUUGCUAGCAUAGGCAAGCGGGGGCUUUUGACUCUUCCCACUGAGCUUUCAUACGUCCAAUCAGAUUCUUGUACAUGUUUUUGUCUUGAACAUGAGCCUUUUCUUCAGAAGGAACCUCAACGUGAAGUAUAUUAGCUUGUCAAAGAGUUCUCCUUAAGGGUCUCUUAGCGUAGCGGAUAUUUAGGUCGAAUGAUUAAAGCCUAAGAAAAAUUGUCUCAAUUACAUCACUUGAGCAGAUGGUCGAUCUACAGUUUGUAUCUGCUUGCACGUGCCAAGCUCCGCUAAGCAUGGCUUUGCUGGACCUAUUGUUGCUGUUGUAAAAUGUCAGCAUAUCCCUAGAAAUUUGCUAAAUGUGUUGUCGGAGUGACUUUUUUUUUAAUGCAGUCAAUUCUGUUUUUUUCCCCUUCUAAUGUAAGGAACCUUGCAAGACAGAUGUUAUGAAAUGUUAGUUUACCAAGGAAACAAAGUGUAAACAGUCUGUCCAAUGUAAAAAUAUUAAAUAACCAUAUUUUUAAGACAAA